UUAUUGCUUUCUCUGGUGAGAACAAAUUGUUGCAUUGAUUGCAGGCGUUGUGGUUUUCCCUUUUUGACGUGACUGUACCUAACACUUGAAUUCUGUGGUGCAUGUUCCGGAUGUAUCGCAUCAUUGACAAAUACUCGAACUUAUUGCCUUACGAAUUCUUUAUCUGGUUAAUGUUAUUAACGCAUCUGCGUUUGAGUGAUUUUUAGGUUUAACAAUUUUAUGGCCGUGAGAAAAAUGGAUGUAGAAUUUUUCUACGCUUCUCGGAAUUGGUCUAGCUUGACACACGUGCAUGCUGUAAUCCUAAGUGUCAUAUACGUCUGACAGCUGUCCAUCGACAGAAACUGCUAGUUGGGUAGCAAACAGCUGUCAGUGAGAAUAAACGGCACUCUGUGUCUGAACUACGAACGAAACACAUGUAUCUUCCUUCCACGAGUUAUAACAAUUGGCGACGAGUGACAAAUUCUGAGAACCCUGGAACGCUAGCGCUACGCAGUUAAAGAAAAGCUGAAACAAUCGGGUAUAAGUGGAGACAGUGUCAUGAUCGAAGAGAAACCAACAAGCAGUGGUACAAAGCAGAACAUCGCACAGAGUGAACAACGCACCACAAUGGCAAAAUUCGAUAUGGAACCUUUUAACAAAGGGCUCAUGCAAUGGGCCCGCUGGGUGAAACGCUUCGAAGGAGCAAUGUCGGUAUUUGAGGUUAAAUCGAAUAAUAAAAAAGCCAUGCUUCUGCAUUACAUGGGUGUUGAUUCAUACAAUUUAUUGUGUGAUCAUAUUUCUCCGGAAGAACCAGAAGACAAAACAUACGAACAAAUAGUGAAGUGUUUGGAUGAGCUGUUCGACCCGAAACCCCUCGAAAUGGUGGAACUAUGGAAGUUUCGUCAACGACUUCAGACUGAAGGCGAAACUGUAAUGGAGUUCAUCACGGCUUUGCAAAAAGUGGCGGCUAAUUGUGAUUUCGGGCAAUAUUUGACAAAGGCGCUCAGGAACCAGCUAGUUUUUGGUGUACGGAAUCCAAGAAUACGCAACCGGCUGAUUGAAGAAAGAAAUCUAACACUGGAAAAAGCUAAGCAAAUUGCUUUAGCCAUGGAAGCCGCCGGAGAUGGCGCUGAAGUGCUGAAUAGCAGAAGUGCUGAAGUGCUGAAUAGCAGAGGUGCUGAAGUGAAAGAAGUAAACAUCGUGAGCAACACAACGAAGAAAAACGUCGAGUGUUAUAGAUGUGGAGAAUCACAUUUUGCAUAUGUAUGCAAGCACAAAAGAACCGUCUGCAAAAAGUGCGGGAAAAUUGGACAUUUGCAGCGCGUCUGUCGCACGAACAAUAGAAGCAAAAGUGUGAGGUUAAUUGAUGAACAACAUCAAGACAGCGAGGAGAACGAAGAGGUAAACUCAAUUUUGAUCAACAAUUUAUACCAAAAUGCAAACCAUACCGCAAAAAUAUACAUAACACUAAAAGUCAAUAAUACUAAAAUUCAAUUUGAAGUAGAUUCAGGAUCCCCGUUUUCUAUUAUCAGUAUGAACGACAAACAAAGAUGGUUUAAAGAUAUCCCUAUUAGAGAAUCAGAUAUAAAAUUACAAAGCUAUUGUGGAGGAUCUAUAAAGUUAUUUGGUACAAUUAGUGUUAUAGUGGAAAAUGCUAAAACAAAAUUAACACUAUUUGUGGUAGAGUCUAAAAGAGGACCUAUUGUAGGAAGAACAUGGAUGCGAGACUUGAAAUUUGAUUGGAACGAAUUAUUAAACCAACACGGUUAA